AGCACACCAAACGACCAAACCAACAGCGACGGCAAUGCGGUUCCCCGUGCGCCUCCCGCCGCCAUCAACGACCGCGGCCGCGGCCGCUGCCACCGUCGGGGCCGUUCUCGCCGCCGUCGCGCUCCGCCGCUACCUGUCUGCUUCCCGCCACCGCCCACCCGCCCGCGUGUCCAUGUCCGCGGCCGCCGGAGCCACAGCCACCACGCUCGUGGCGUACGGCAAGUCAGCGCAGGAGCAGGAGCUGCUGGCCUCCGCGGCCGGUUCCGUCGCCCUAGGGGAGGGAGAGCAGGCCGGUGAGGUCUCCGUCGCGCUUGCCUACGAUGGCGCGGGCUUUGACGCCGCCGUGUACAUGAGCGCGCUCCGGGCGCGCCGGUUUGGGAGGUGGAUGCUCUGGACGCCCAGGAUUGGUUCCACGCAGGAUCUUAUCGCGCGGAACUUUGCAAAGCUCCCGGUGGGCGUUGUGUGCGUUGCCGACGUGCAGUUCAAAGGGAGAGGCCGUUCAAAGAAUGUGUGGGAAUCGCCACCAGGCUGUCUCAUGUUCUCUUUCACAUCACAGAUGCAGGAUGCACGGAAGUUGCCCCUUAUGCAAUAUGUUGUUUGUCUUUCUAUAACUCAAGCUAUCCAGGAGCUAUGCCGUGCCAAGGGACUACCAGAACUUGAUGUGAGGAUAAAAUGGCCUAAUGAUCUCUAUCUGAAAGGAUUAAAAAUUGGUGGCAUUCUAUGUACCUCAUCUUAUGAAUCCAAAGUCUACAAUAUUUGUACUGGUGUUGGUUUAAAUAUUGACAAUGAGAAACCUACCACAUGCUUGAAUGCUGCACUUCAAGAAGCAAAUCCUACAUCACCCGUAUUGAAUCGAGAAGACAUACUGGCAUACUUCUUCAAUAAAUUCGAAAAUCUUUUCGAGAUCUUCUUGGAUCAUGGAUUUCAGGUUCUUGAGGAGCAAUACUAUAACUCAUGGCUUCAUAGUGGCCAGAGAGUUGUUGUACAAGAUGCACAUGAAAGCAAUUCAGGCAGUGUCGUCACCAUCCAGGGGUUAACACCAACUGGGUACUUAUACGCUAUCGGUGAGGAUAACAAAAGCUAUGAGUUGCACCCAGAUGGCAACAGCUUUGAUUUCUUCACUGGAUUGGUGAGGAGAAAGAUGGAAGCUUAGGGUAUCAAUACAAUAUGAUUACAUGGAUAGGUUCAACAAACUGUACAAAUGAAUGAAGGCAUGUAAGAAUGGAAUGAGAACAUGAUUUAAGCACUAGGCCCUCCAUCGGUGUCCAAACCUUGUUCUUGGAACAAAUAGAAGGAAUGCUCUUAUGACAGUUCUCAACUGCUGCUUUGAGACCUCAAACAUUAACAAAGUGUCCCACCCUUGCAAUUCCAUUUGCGACGGCUCCCCAGAAACAAUUAAGGAGACGAUCAACCGUGACUGAAGCACAGACAUGAGUUCAAAUUUCAGGUGAAGUAAUCGCAAUGACUGAACACCCUGUACUUGAAUGAUUCAUAGGAAAAAUGCAUGAAAUUAUGAAGCACAUCUGCUCUGUCGCCAGGCGCAUAGCUUCUUCGGGAGUGUUGGGGCACAUAUUUGGUUUUCUGCUAUAACUGUAAAACUGCGAUAUUUUUUUUUUCUGUACAAGAUUUGUAGCUGUCAUGUAUGAGUUGGAAAGCUGUAUUUGGACAGGUGCUUAUAUAGAAAGGACAUGAUAUGGAGUAUC